AUGCCCAACCCCGAACAGCAGCCUCUGCUGGGCACCUCUCGCGAUGCCGACGCCCCUGCCUCGACCACGCCCUCGCGCCUCAAGACCCAUCUGACCACCUCCGUCAGCCGCAAGCACACCGACCUCGUCCUCCUCGCCUGCUAUAUCAUCACGGGCCUCCUCGACAGCGCGUCGAACCAGAUCUGGGGCUCCUUCGUGUCGAUGCAGACGGGCAACACCAUCUACAUCGGCCUCGGCCUCGCGGCGCCGCGCGAGUCGACGCGCUGGAUCAAGUCGUCCGUCUCCCUCGCCGCCUUCUGCCUCGGCUCCCUCGUCUUCUCGCGCUUCCACCGCGCCUUCCCGGCCCGCCGCCGCUGGGUCCUCGCCGCCUCCUUCACCGCCCAGCUGGCCCUGCUGCUGGCGGCCGGCCUCCUCAUCGCCCUCGGCCCGCGGCGCCGGCCGGCCGACGACCUGUCGUGGGACGUGCUGGCGCCCAUUGCGCUCGUCGCCUUCCAGAGCUGCGGCCAGGCCGUCACGAGCCGCGCCCUCGAGCGCAACGCCCUGACGAGCGUCGUCCUGACGAGCAUCUACACUGAUCUCUUCGGCGACGCUCGCCUGUUCUGCGUCGACAACAGCGAGAGGAACAGGCGCGUCGCGGCGCCGCUGCUGCUGCUUGGGGGGGCCGUCGCUGGCGGGCUGUUUGCGGGGAGCGAGAUUGGCAUUGCCGGGGCGCUGUGGGCGGCGGCGGUGCUCAAGCUCGUGCUCGUGGGUGCGUGGCUCGUCUGGCCGGCGGAGUAG